AUGGCGCCCUGGCCCUCUCGACUCAACGACCCUCUGCCGCUUCCGCCCUCGCGAGAGCCCCCACUGCCACCACUGCCACGGCCAGAGCUUGAGGAUGUUCGCCAGCAGCUAUCUAGACCGCCGGCGCGCAGGCCGGUCCCAAGCUCCUCGCGACCCAGCGAUCCGAACCUCGUGGAUGCCUCCCAGGUUCCUCCAGAUUUGGUACCCACUCUUCCUGCUGAGCAUCGUGCCGCGCCCAACCCAAGGCCAUCAAGUCAUGGCCGCUCCAUGAGCCAUCCCUUCCCGUCUUUGUUUUCCUCUAAGAGGAAGAUGGCCCAAAAGAACCCGUCCCCCGAUGAUUUCGACUCAGACUCGGACUCAGAUGCCGAGAUGCUGGGUUUGGGGCCUGGGUCCAAGCAGAGAAGGCCUACGCAGCCUGCGGGUCCGUCAAAGGUAAAUGGUAGGCCCUCCACGGACAAGGACUUCGCAUCGGGUAACUGCAUGACAUGUGGUGCAAUGUCGAGAUGGCCUAAGGGGCUCAAGGUCUUCAAGUGCACCCUUUGCAUGACCAUCAACGACCUCGUCGACAUUAACAGUGUGGUCGAGGCGAACAACCAUGCUGUAGGCUACAGGAGAUCAUCAGAGGACGCCACCCCCAUCUCAAAGUCGCCCAUAUCACUUGAAGGCACGAAACACAUGACUUUUGUGUUUGAUGAGCCUACGGAACCGGAACUGAAGCAAAUCGAGGGCCACAUUCUCGAAGCGCAGGAGCACCUGCGAAAGACCCUCCUCAAAGUCACGGAAAAUAUCCUUAAAAGACCUGGAAGACCACACUCGCCCAUCAUCAAACGCAUCCUUGGCCUCCUGUCUAACACACCGGCUGACUGCCACAAUCACCUCAUUUCCUGGUUUGCAAGGCUGCCAGAGUCUCGCUUCAUCCAAUUGAAGGACUUUGCGGGAGGUUUCCUAGCGUACAGGUUAAUUCGACAACACGACAAGAAACACGAGGUCAAGGUUGACGUGACAGCCGGUCUUAUCCCGAAUAUGGCCGCCGGACGAUCCCCAGCGACCCUUCAUGCUGCGGUUGGCCAGCCACGACAAUCCAGAUCAAAGAAGCCUAAGGAGCAACCCAAGAUCGUGUACCAUGACGACUGGCAAACCAAGGCCGCUGCUCGUGUCAUUGGUCUCCUUUUCGCCGCAAACAACAACGCGCAUCAUCGAAGACACAUCGCAGGUACUCCGUCUUCCCAGGACGAGGUCUUGAACAGCACAAGCGUUAGGGAUCAGGUUCAAGCGAGGGGCCAAAUAGUGCCUACAAGUGACUUCUACAUCACCCUGCUGGACGACUCGGAUCUCGUCGCUGACUUUGAGGCUUGGGAACGCAAGAGAAGCAAGUUUUCGUUCUGCCAAUUUCCGUUCCUUCUCAGCAUCGGCGCCAAGAUACAAAUUAUGGAACACGACGCCAAACGACAGAUGCAUAACAAAGCGAGGGAUGCCUUCUUUGAUAGCAUAUUGAGUCGGAGAAACGUCGAACAGUACUUGACACUAAACGUGAGACGCGAUUGUCUUGUCGAGGACAGCCUGACAGGGGUGAGCGAAGUCAUUGGCGGCGGCGGCGAGGAUAUCAAAAAGGGACUGCGUAUCGUAUUCCAAGGCGAAGAAGGAGUCGACGCUGGAGGCUUGAAAAAAGAGUGGUUUCUGCUGCUUGUCAGGGAAGUCUUCAACCCAGACCAUGGGAUGUUCGUAUAUGACGAAGACUCGCAGUAUUGUUACUUCAACCCCAACUCUUUCGAGACGUCAGACCAAUUUUUCCUGGUAGGCGUAGUCUUCGGCCUCGCAAUCUACAACUCCACCAUUCUCGAUGUUGCAUUCCCGCCGUUCGCCUUCCGCAAGCUUUUGACAGCUGCCCCGCCGCCUUCUCCGGGUCUUUCGACCCAGCCCAGGCCAGCCAUGGCAUAUACCCUUGACGACCUGGCGGAGUUCCGUCCACGCCUCGCCAAAGGGCUGCGCCAACUACUCGAUUUUGAUGGUGACGUCGAGUCUACUUUCUGUCUCGACUUCGUCAUUGAUGUCGAGAAGUACGGCUACACCGAGCGGGUACCUCUCUGCCCCGGUGGUCUCACCCGGCCCGUCACUAAUUCCAACCGCCGUGAGUAUGUCGACUUAUAUGUCAAGUACCUUCUCGACGCUGCCGUGACCCGCCAAUUCGAGCCGUUCAAGCGUGGUUUCUUUACUGUCUGCGGCGGCAAUGCUCUCUCGCUCUUUCGACCAGAGGAGAUCGAGCUCCUGGUCCGGGGCUCCGAUGAGCCAUUGGACAUCACAUCGCUGCGUGUGUCGGCGGAGUAUGAGAAUUGGGGAAAUAAAACCAGCAACCCGGACCAGACGGAACCAACACUCAGGUGGUUCUGGGAGUCAUUCGAGCGUGCGAACCCAAGAGACCAGAGAAGGCUAUUGGCAUUCAUCACAGGCAGUGACCGCAUCCCGGCCAUGGGCGCUGCGUCGCUAACCAUCAGGAUUUCGUGUCUUGGUGAUGAUAAUGGCAGAUAUCCAACGGCUAGAACAUGUUUCAAUGCGCUACAGCUGUGGAGGUAUAAUUCGAGGGAGAGGCUAGAGAAGCUGUUGUGGGAUUCUGUGCACGAGAGCGAAGGCUUUGGGCUAAAGUAA